UCGGACGGAACGGAUCUGUCCACGGAUUCGUCGGGACCGUCCAUCGCGAGAACCGAGCUCGCUUCAAAGCCAGGAGAGGCACCUCCCCAAAUCGGAGCUCGUCUCAUAUCUUCCCCAUGGUGGGGUUCCCCACGGGACGUCGCCUCCCCGGGCUCUCCGCCGUUGGAUCGUAGCGUCGGCGGAGGAGGAGCUCCGAUCGGACGGCGGAAAUGGUGCGGGGCUUCGGAUGGGCGGCGGCGUUCCCCGACGAGGUGUGGGAGCACGUGUUCUCCUUCCUCGCGGCGGACGCCGACCGGAACGCGGUGGCGCUGGUGUGCCGCGCGUGGCACCGGAUCGAGCGGCGGUCGCGGCGGCGGGUGUUCGUUGGGAACUGCUACGCGGUGGCGCCCGCCGCGGCGGUGCGGCGGUUCCCGGAGGUGAGGGCGGCCGCGAUCAAGGGGAAGCCCCACUUCGCGGACUUCAACCUCGUGCCCACUGACUGGGGCGGCGGGGCGGAGGCGUGGGUCGAGGCGAUGGCGGAAGGGUGGCCGCAUCUGGAGGAGCUGCGCCUCAAGAGGAUGGUCGUCUCCGAUGACUGCCUCGAGCUCAUCGCCCGGUCAUUCAAGAACUUCGGGGUACUGUCUCUCGUCUCCUGCGACGGUUUCAGCACCGCCGGACUUGCGGCCAUCGCUGCCAACUGCAGGAAUCUAAGGGAGCUAGAUCUGCAUGAAAAUGAAGUGGAGGAUAAUUGUCUAAAUUGGAUCAGCCAUUUUCCAGAGUCAUUUACUUCUUUGGUUUCUCUCAACAUUGCAUGCUUGGAAGGUGAUGUGAAUACAUCUGUUCUUGAAUGUCUCAUUAGCAGAUGUCCGAAUCUCAGAACUCUCAGACUCAACCAUGCCAUGCCUCUAGAAAAGCUUGUUAGUCUCCUACAGAGAGCUCCGCAGCUGAUGGACCUUGGAACUAGCAAGUUCUCGGCAGAUCAUCAUCCAGAGCUUUUCUUCAAGCUUGAAUCAACCUUUGCUGGCUUUAAACAUCUGAAGAGCCUAUCAGGUAUUUGGGAAGCUGGUCCAGCAUACCUUCCAGCAAUCUAUUCCGUCUGUGAGAGUCUUACAUCCUUGAACCUGUGCUAUGCUACCAUACAGAGCCCAGAGCUCUUCAAAUUAGUCAGCCGGUGCAAAAAUCUGCAACGAUUAUGGGUGAUGGACUUAAUUGAGGACAAUGGCCUAAUUGCUGUGGCAGCAUCAUGCAAGCUCCUUCAAGAACUGCGAGUAUUCCCUUCUGACCCAUAUGGUGUGGCACCACCCAUCUCUCUUACAGAACAUGGCCUUGUUGCGAUCUCUGCCGGUUGCCUGAUGCUCCACUCUGUUCUCUAUUUUUGCCGGCAAAUGACUAAUGCUGCCCUCCUUACUAUUGCUAACAACCGUCCCAAUCUCACAUGCUUCCGUCUGUGCAUCAUCGAACCGCACACCCCGGAUUAUAUUAGUCAAGAACCUUUAGAUGCUGGCUUCAGUGCCAUUGUUGAAUCCUGCAAAGACCUCCGGCGUCUCUCCUUAUCUGGUCUCCUCACUGACCGUGUGUUUAAGUCAAUUGGGGCCUCGGCAAAUCGUCUUGAGAUGCUCUCAGUUGCUUUUGCUGGUGAUAGUGAUGCGGGUCUUCACUACAUUCUCUCUGGUUGCAAGAACUUGCGCAAGCUGGAAAUUAGGGACUGCCCAUUCGGGGACAAGGCUUUGUUGGACAAUGCUUCUAAACUGGAGACAAUGCGAUCCCUUUGGAUGUCAUCAUGCUCUGUGACCUUGGGGGCGUGCAGACAACUAGCACUGAAGAUGCCACGACUUAACGUGGAGGUCAUCGAUGAGAGGAGAGGAAGGCCGUUGGAGUCGUGGCCUGAUGAUUUCCCCGUCGAGAAGCUCUACAUCUAUCGGACUGUUGCAGGUCCAAGAUCAGACACUCCACCAUGUGUUUGGACAGUUUAAGGUGGUGACACCCCAUAGUAUGGGGGUAUUAUGUUGCAUCUUUCGGUUUGUCUUCUGCUUAUUAAUUUGUUUUCCAUUAGUUGUGUGGUUCUUAGAUUUCAGCAAGAGUUGAAGCUUUAGUUGUCAAUAUGUUGUGGAACUGUAUGAUUUGUGGCAAGUUGUUGUAGGUCUCUAGAGGUGUUUUUUGUUUUUAGGCUUUUGUUACCUCCAUGCAGUGUAUUGCAACUUCACACAGAACUGCUCUUAUAUUCACACUUCUUCAGAUUUAGUUUA